UCGGAGACAGAGGGAGAAGCAAGCGAGAGGUGGAGGGCGACCCGAGGGAGAGCAAACUGGCCCAGAAGGUUGCUGGGUGGAUGGCGAGAGGCUGGCGGCAGCAGGCCGCAAAGCUGUGCAGCACCGGGCAGGGGAAAGGAAAGCGCAGCUGGGGCUGUGGGGCGUGGAAUGAAAAGUGAGAGAGCAGGAGGGCGGCAGAGCCCCUCGGCCGAGAGGAGCCUAGCUGGGCUGGAGGCGGAGCCACGCCACGGUCUGAUAGUAUACUAUGAAUGCUGCAUGACUACAGGUUGCAGUUCUCUCUCAAGACUGAUAUAAUUCUUCCCUCAAUGUUCCUGUGAGGACGGAAAAUGCCAGGUGUAUUACCAAGUGACAGUAAUGGACUUCCAAGAAGUACCCCAUCAAAGAAAAGCAGACUGUCACUAAAGUUUUUUCAGAAAAGGGAAACAAAAAGAGCAUUGGAUUUUACAGACUCAGAAGAAAAUGAACAAAAGACUUCAGAAUAUGAGUGUUCUGAAAUUGAUCACAUAGUUCCUGCAGCAGAGUCGUCAUUUCCACCCAUUUGCUGUGAGAAGAAAGACAACAUGCUGCCUUUUGUGGGCUUGAACAAUCUUGGUAACACUUGUUAUCUGAACAGCAUUCUUCAGGUGCUCUAUUUUUGCCCUGGCUUUAAAACUGGAGUGAAACAACUAUUUGAUGUAAUUUCAAAGAAGAAAGAAAACUUAAAGGAUGAAACUGAUAAGGAAACCUCUGAAGAAGAUUCUUUUGCAAGCUAUGAAUUGCUCUGCAGUUUACACUCCUUAAUUGUGUCUGUUGAACAGCUUCAGGCCAGGUUUCUCCUAAAUACAAAUAAAUACACAGAUGAACUUGCUACUCAGCCCAGAAGAGUACUAAACACUCUAAGGGAGCUCAACCCUAUGUAUGAGGGAUAUUUGCAGCAUGAUGCCCAAGAAGUACUACAGUGUAUAUUGGGGCACAUCCAAGAAUCAUGCCAGCACUUGAAGGAAGAAUUGAAACACAAACUACUGGACAAGCCUACAACUGAACUAGAGAGAAGGUCAAGUAAAAACAUUGACAGUACUGGCAUUGUUUGGAAAGAUGGCAGUUUGCUAGAUGGUGAAGCCAUUGAGAACACCGAAGAUAAAACUAAAGGAAAUGCAAAAAGAAAAUGUGAUAUGGAAACUGGAAAUGAAAAGAAAAAGUCUAAAGUACUCAAAGAGAAAAAUGGAGUAGAAGAAAAUCAGAGACGCACUCGGUCAAAGAGAAAAGCACUUGAAGAAAAACUAGAAAAUCAGAUGGAAUCUACUGUUAAGCAUUUGUUUGAAAAUGAAAGUACAAAGCCAAGCCAGAAAAAGUCACGACUUAGACUAAACUGGUUAAAAUCUUCAAACAACCAACCUAGCAUUCUUUCUAAAUUCUGUAGUUUGGGAAAGCUCACAACAAACCUGGGGUUCAAAGACCAAAUUAAAGAAAUUGACAACUGCAAACAUACAGAAGUCUCCCUCAAGUGUGAAAAUGGUAACCAAAUAAGGAAAGAAUAUUUUGAUUCAUCAUCUCCUAUGGAUAACCCUGUUGAAAAAGAAUCUGAAAAGCCACAAAAGAGAGGUUCAGAGUUAUCUUCCUUUAAUUUAGUGGAGAAACUCUUCCAAGGUCAGUUGGUGUUGCGAACACGAUGUUUAGAGUGUGAAUGUUUCACUGAGAGACGAGAAGACUUUCAAGAUAUCAGUGUGCCAGUGCAAAAAGAUGAAGUCUCAAAAACUGAAGAGAAUUCUGAAAUUUCUCCAGAACCCAAAACAGAAGUGAAGACUCUGAAAUGGGCGAUUUCACAGUUUGCUUCAGUGGAAAGAAUUGUGGGAGAGGACAAAUACUUCUGUGAAAACUGUCGCCAUUACACAGAAGCUGAACGCAGUCUUCUAUUUGAUAAAAUGCCUGAAGUUAUAACAAUCCACUUGAAGUGCUUUGCUGCUAGUGGCUUAGAGUUUGAUUGUUAUGGUGGACUUUCCAAGAUAAAUACUCCUUUACUGACUCCUCUCAAGCUGUCAUUGGAUGACUGGAGCAUAAACCCAGCCAAUGAAGUCUAUGGACUGUUUGCAGUCGUGAUGCACAGUGGCAUUACAAUCAGCAGUGGGCACUAUACAGCCUCUGUUAAAAUUGCUAAUCUUGAUAGUUUAGAAUUAGACAAGGGUAAUUUCAUCACUGAUCCGCUGUGUGAAAUUCGUCCAGAACCACUGAAUGAGCAAGAAGCAAGAGCUGCCAGUGAGUACUAUGAUGAUGGUGAGGUCUCCUUUAGAAUCAGUGGAAAUGCACAACCUAAUAAAGGUGUGACCAAAAAGAACAUAGAAGCAGUAGGGCUUCUUGGUGGACAAAAGAGCAAAUCCAGCUUUGAUAUGCCCAGCAACAAAGCAGUCCAUUCUGAUAAGAUGGUUAAUGUGGUAACUGAAGCUAGAAAUGCUGAGUGUAGCCACGCUAAAGGAAUCAUGGAAUUUGAAAACAAUGAACAAACUGGUACUGCUUCUAAGGAACUAGAAAACAAAGUAGUGCAUAUAAUGCAGAGUCUAAAGGAGUAUGAAGGCAAAUGGCUACUUUUUGAUGAUUCUGAAGUGAAGGUUACAGAUGAAAAAGACUUUCUGAACUCCUUGUCUCCUAUUUCAUCAUCCACAUCUACUCCUUACCUGCUGUUUUAUAAGAAAAUUGUAGAAUGAGGUUGUUUUUUGACUAUGUAAAUAAUAGUUUUUCAUCAGAGCAGCACUGAAGAAUACCGAAUGGCAUUUUUAAAGCUUCAGAACUAAAUUAGUUUGUCUCUUCAGUUCUGUAAAAAGUGGAAUAAUAUACAUUUUUUAAAAAUAACUAUUGAUAAUUAACUUGAAAGUUUCUAUACGGAAGGCUGCAGACUAUGUUCUGUCAAUAUAAACCUGUGUAUAGGCUGUUGAAAGAUGCCCUAAGAACACAGUAUCAUUUCAAAGCUCUUCUGAUUCCACCACACUACUUGUAUAUUAGCUUUUUUAAAAAUAAAGUAAUUUGUAUUGCAAUCUAGAAUAAAUUUGUAGUUAUGGUUUAAAAAAAAUCGAAUGGUUUUCUGUACAUGAAAAAUAAAUUUUCUUUCCUAUAUGGUAA